AUGCAAAACUUGAGAAUUGCCAUUAUUGGAGCUGGGCCAGCUGGCUGCAUGCUCGCCCGACUCCUCCAUCUCGGAGGCAUCCAAGCCACCGUCUUCGAAGGCGAAGCCUCCGCCAACGUCCGCUCCCAAGGAGGAACCCUGGACCUGCACACCAAGUCCGGCCUCGCAGCCAUCAAAGAAGCCGGCCUAUGGGACGUCUUUCUCUCUCACGCUCGCUAUGACGGCCAAUACAUGGCCAUUGUGGACAAGGACCUGCGCUAUUACAUUGUCCGGGGCGCCGACGCCGAGUCAAGCGCCGCCUUUGGAGAACGCCCCGAGAUUGAUCGCGUCAAGCUGAGAGAGAUCCUGCUCAACUCCCUCCCGGACGGCACCGUCAAAUGGGGCCAUCGUCUGCAAAAGGUAGACGGCACCACCUUGACCUUUACCAAUGGGACAACCGCCGAAUUCGAUCUGGUUGUCGGCGCCGACGGGGCCUUCAGCAAGGUCCGCCUGUCCAUUGCGCCGGAGCUGAAGCCCGAGUACACAAGAGUCGGGAUGCACGACCUUUCGAUUCCCGAUGCCGAAAAGAACGCGCCCGAGAUUUACAAAAUCGUCAACCGUGGAAGUGUAUUCGCCAGCGCGGAUGGCCAGCGCUUCACGCUGCAGCAGAUGGGCGACGGCAGCAUUUCCAUGGGCUUCAGCUUCGUGCGAGACGAUCCGGACUGGAUGAAGGCCGAGAAGUGCGGCUACGACGCCGAAGACCUCGCGCAGGUCAAGAAGGCGCUGGCCAAGGAGCUGGAGCACUGGGGCCCCGAGUUUCACAAGGCGCUUGACGCCGCUCAGGGGCGGACGAGCACCAGGUCGUUGUUCCGGCUGCCCGUUGGACGGAAGUGGGAGCACAGGGCUGGCGUCACACUGAUUGGCGAUGCGGCCCAUCUGAUGACGCCUCAUGCGGGCGAGGGCGUCAACCAGGCUCUUGAAGAUGCCAUGAUGCUGGCGCGAGUGAUUCUCAAAGCGCAGGGCGUUGAAGAGCUGGACGAAGGGAUUCGACAGUUUGAGUCCGAUAUGAUGGCUCGCGUUGAGGGCAUUCAGCAGCUUGCUUGGGACCGUUGCCAGGCCUUGAUGUUCUCGCCGGGGGUGCCGCAGUCUCUUGUCGAAAAGGUGAUGAAGCAGCGGAGGAUGCAAGUGGCGGAGACGCUGGACGAGGAGCAGGCCAAGGCGGUGGAAGAGGCCAUGGCCAAGGCUCAGGCGGAGGCGAAUGCUAUGAAUCGAGCAUGA